UCCCAGCUUCCGGGGUAAACGGAAGACAGCAGAACAGGAGGAGAAGGAGAAAGACCCUAAUAAGUCAGUCUUAUUAUUUGUUAUCCAGUUUAUAAUAUUUACGUCGUAUAAAAUACAUAUGUGAUUCUUUAUUUAAGGAUAAAGUGGUCUCGAUGCGCUAGAAGCACUGUGCCGCUUCUCUUGCUAUCUUUGCUUGUUAGUUAGCUUAGCUCGCUAGUUAGCUUAGCUUGUUAGCUGCUAACAGAAGACACAGAAGUUAUCAACACAUCGCUAAGUAGAGAUCAAGUGUGAGAGUAAAGUGUUGUGAUUGUGUGAAAAUGUGCGAAAGAAGCAUAGCAAAGUAUGAGGAGGAACUUUGUCCAACAAAAGAGGAGAAGGAGCGACAACAUCAACUACUGGACGCUGUUUUCAAGAAACAUCAAGUUGUGUUACACAGAACAGACCUCAAUGAAGCACAUCGUCCUCGUGAGCAGGAGGAGGAACGACAGUCCCCCCACAUACACGAGGAAGAAGAGGUACCACAGUCCCAACACAUCAAAGAGGGAGGAGAGGAGCCACAGCCCCCCCACAUUAAAGAGGAAGACGAGACGCCACAGACCCAUAAUGUUAAACUGACCCUUCACAUUAAAGGGCAAGCGGAGGACCCACUGAUCUUACACAUCAAAAAGGAAGAGGAAGACCUACUGACUCCUCACUUUAAGGAGCAAGAGAACCCGCUGACCCCCUACUAUAAAAAGGAAGAGGAGGACCCACUGACCCCCUACGUUAAAGAGGAAGAGGAGGACCAAGAGCCGCCGCACAUUAAAGAGGAAGAGGAAGACCAUGAGCCGCCGCACAUUAAAGAGGAAGAGGAGGAAGAGGGCAUCAGUCAGCCUAAAUGGUUGGAGGAGUUCCCAGUGACUGGUGUCCCUGUGAAGAGUGAAGAUGAUGAGGUGAAAGGUGAAAGUGAGGAGAGGGGAGGGGGGGAGCCUCCAAGCAGCAGCUCAACACAACACAUGACAACAGAAGCUGAUGGAGACCACUGUGGAGGAUCACAAGCAGACAAGCUCUUAGCUCCACUAUCAGAUAGUGAGGACACAACGUCACACUCUCCUGACACUGAUGAUGAAGACUCUAAAGAUGAUAAGACAUGUCACACUGACAACACUCACUUCACAUCUUCUCACUCUCACAAAACUUUUAAAUACCAAAGUCGUCUGAAAAGACACAUGAGAACACACACUGGAGAAAAACCUUUUUCUUGUUCACUCUGUGGUAAAGGUUUUGCACAAAGUCACCAUUUGAAAAGACACAUGAAAACACACACUGGUGAAAAAACUUUUUCCUGUUCAAUAUGUGGUAAAGGUUUUACACAAAGUCAGGAUGUGAAAAGACACAAGAGAACACACACGGGUGAAAAACCUUUUUCCUGUUCAACCUGUGGUAAAGGUUUUACACAAAGUCAGAGUUUGAAAGUACACAAGAGAACACACACCGGUGAAAAACCUUUUCCCUGUUCUACCUGUGGUAAAGGUUUUACACAAAGUCAACAUUUGAAAGUACACAUGAGAAGACACGCUAGUGAAAAACCUUUUUCUUGUUCAAUCUGUGGUAAAGGUUUUACACAAAGUCAGGAUUUGAAAGUACACAUGAGAACACACACUGGUGAAAAAUCUUUUUCUUGUUCAAUCUGUGGUAAAGGUUUUACACAAAGUCAACAUUUGAAAAGACACACUAGAACACACACUGGUGAAAAAUCACAUUCCUGUUCAAUCUGCAACAGAAGCUUUGGUGACCGAUCAAAGCUUGUAGCACACAUGAGAAGACACACAGGAGAGAAAGUGUUUAGUUGCAGUGUGUGUGGUGAAAGAUUGUCUUCUAAGUACCAGUGUAAGAAACACAAGUGUGCUGGUGAGAACAGCAGCAGCAAAUGAAACUGCAGGAUUUGAAAUAAACUGUCCAGACUUUCAUUUUGACUUUCUAACAACAUCAGCACAUAUAACAUGUGUGACAUUGUUGUGUGUGUAACAAUCUGUUUAAUAUGAUCUUUACAUUUAUAGAUUACAUAGUUUGAAAUAUAAAAUUAUUACUUAUUUGUACUUCUAAUUGUUAAUAACCCCAUAGAUUAUCACCUUUAUAUGAUAUACAUAUGUACUGGUUCACAUCUGAAACAUCUUCUGGACCACUUCAGGAAGCAUAUUAUUAUUUACUUUAUACAUCAUUUAAACAGUUGUCUUUUAUACAAUUUUAAAAUGUGCGACUUUAUGAAUCAUUUGUUGGGUCUCUAUAAUCCAUUUUAUUAAUCAUCUUUACUACUCUCUUUUGUAAUAUGAUGAUUGUGUUGUGAUUGUUUUAUACUUUAACUUAAUAUGUAUGUACUUGUACCUUUAUGCAAUAAAAAG